AUGGCAUACUUAAGACAAAGAGCAAUGGAGAUACUGAAAGAAGAGAAGCAAAAGAACGACGUCAAUAUUCUCAUACUAGGAGAGACUGGGGUUGGAAAGUCCACCUGGAUAAAUGGGAUCGCCAAUUACUUCAAGCAUGAAUCUCUCGAAGCUGCCAAGAAUGAAUCUGAUUUCGAAGUCUUGAUUCCAAUCAGGUUUUCCUUUACAAAUGAAGAUGGCAAAGAAGUGGACAUCUCCUUUGGAAAGGAUGACAAUGAGGUGUGCGUUACUGGUCAGUCUGCUACGCAGUUUCCCCAGACGUAUACGUUUGAGACAGAGAACGAAAGGUUCAAUCUAAUUGACACUCCAGGCAUUGGGGACAGUCGUGGCACUGAACAGGACAAUAAAAACUUUGCUAACACCUUGGACUUCCUGACCUGCUACGACAAGAUCAAUGCCGUUGUUGUACUUCUCAAGCCGAACAAUGCAAGGUUAACAGUGGCCUUCAGGUUCUGUGUGUUGGAGUUGCUGACCCACCUUCACAAGUCGCUUGUGUCAAACAUAAUAUUCGCCUACACUAACUCUAGAUCAACUAUGUACAGACCUGGGGACACUCUUCCAGCGCUUAAGAAACUCUUGAACGAGCAUAAGAUAACAAUGGAUCAUUCAGCCAAGUCAAAUCACUUUUGCUUUGACAACGAAGCUUUCAGGUUUCUUGCCUGCCUUAAGAAAGGAAUAGAGUUUGAGGACGAUGAAGUUGAUCUCUAUUCUAAGAGCUGGACCAAGUCGCGCGACACAACCACCAAGCUUUUUGAACGAGUUAUGAAAGUGAAACCUCACGAGACAACAAAGACGCUGAGCCUGAACGAGGCGAGGAAUUACGUACUUGCCCUAAGCAAACCAAUGGGGGAGGCUGUUCGCCUGAUUAGUAAAAACUUAAUGAUACUCAAAGAGAAGGAAGAAGAGUUGCAAGUUUUUGACGCUGACAUCAAAGCUUUCCAGGCGCAACUAAAAUUCAAAGGGUUUGACCUUGAAAUUGAACAAAUUGAAUACCCCAUGACUGUUUGUGCAGCCGAUAAAUGCAAGACAUAUGAAGCUGUCGGUGAGACUAGAGAAAGAAACGUGAUUUACUCUCAGAUCUGUCACGAUCACUGCUACCUUACAGGCGUAUCGGUCGAGACUAUGAACAACGAGCAACUUCGUACCUGUCGAGUAAUGGUUGACGGGAAGUGCACAGAAUGCCAACACGACUUCAGAAGCCACAUGCACAUUACCUACAAAGCCUCUCUUGUGGAAAAGGAAUUCCUCUGUAAAGAAGCACAGCAGCUCAUUAUGGAAAAGGAAGACAAGAAGUCUCAGAAGGAAGCACUUGUUGCUACAUUGGAGGAGACAAUCCAGGAACUAAAGAAAGAAAAGGAGUAUAUUUUUGAAUGCGCUAGCUAUUUCGGUGUCUUUCUUAACGAGAAUGCUUUGAUCCCCUACAACGACUCCUUUAGUGAUUACCUCGACAUGCUGAUCCAAGAUGAGGAAAGCAAGAAUAAGGAUAUCAGAGACCAAAAGAAGAUUCAAACGAUGAAAAAGGAAAAGGAGACAUACGAGGAGACAAAACGAGUCAUCGAGACCUCUAGAAAUAUGGCGGACCCAAGCAAAGUUGUUCCCACAGAUAUCCAUAAAAGGAAAAACCAGCUUUGUUCACUAAAACACAAUGGGAAGUCAUUGAAAAGAGCUCUGGAUGGAGUCAUGUCAGGCCGCAAAAAAGUGUACAAAGAAGAGCGGUAA